UUUCCUCCUAUCCAUAUGUCAAUACACUUUUACAGGUAUCAUGAAUGUCUCCAUGGAAGUGUUUCCCAUCAAAAAAGAAAGUGUCGAUUUGGAAAGAUUGUCCACAGACCCUCGUUUAUCUGAUCUACUGUGCUGUAUAAAACAAGAAUUUAUCACUCUAAAGAAUGGGGCUGAUUGUGAAAUUACGGACUUAUCUAUAUCGAGGCCAAACGGUAUUAUUAAGUAUGAAGUGUUGGCUGUUGAAAACAAUGAACCAGACCGACAGGAAGCAAGUGUAAGGAAUGCGGUGACAGAAGAUGGUCCAACACCAAGAGAAUCUCAAAACUCAUCAUCAGAGCUUCAAGCAGACUCUGUUGUUAGUAGUGAUACUUUCUCUUGUACCCAGUGCAGUUAUGUUGGAAUUAACAAAGUGGGACUUUCUUUGCAUCGACGAUAUAAGCAUGGCAAUGCCGUAAAUUUAUCAAAACAUCGGAUUCGAUGCCCUCACUGUGGAAUACUAUUUUCUAAAUAUCGUUUCGAGAUUCAUCGAAAAGACCAUGUCAACGGCCCCUUUUCUUGUUCGUUGAAAUGUGGCUUCAAAGGAACUACAACCAAAAUUGUGAAGCAUCGACGUCAGGAGCAUUUGGGCUCCCUCACUGUUUGGCAACGAAAUCGUAAUAAAAAUAAGUACGCUUGUACAACUUGCCAUCUCAAGUUUCAGAAUAGCCAUCGGCUCGAAAAGCAUGAAAUGAGACACCGCAUGCGCCUCAAAUCAAACUAUCGUUGCAAAAACUGCGAUAAAUUUUUUAGUAACGUUCGGACCCUAGAAUUUCAUGUAUCUUCGAAAUGCAAAGAUUCGGACGGAGCAACAUUGCCUUGCCCUUUCUGUGAUAAAACCUGCAGUACCAGUCAAUAUCUUGAAUACCACAAACGAACGAAACACAAGUCGCUGAACAAAAUGGAAUGUAAAAAGUGUUCAAUUUCUUUUACAAAAGAAAUCGAGUUUGAUCUUCAUGUGCUGUUUCACAAUAAAAAGAGUUGCAUUUCUUCACCUAAGUGUCAAUAUUGUCAUACCACUUUUGCAUCUAAAAGUGGCCUGAUAUAUCACCAAAAGAAGAAUGUUUGCCGCAAGAAUUCGCCUCCUUUGUCGAGAACAAAUUGCAAGCCCUACGAGAUGGAUGGAGCCGUUAAGUACCACUCUUUCCCUCAAGAUGCUGAAUCAAAAGAUGAACCUCGAAUUUUUGAACAGGCGAUAACUAAAUCAGAAGAUAUUGAUCCUGAAGUUCAACAUUUGGGCAGAAAUACCAAUGAACUUCUAAUAAAGAAAGAAAAAUCCUCAAAAAAAGCCAAAAAGUCCUACGACUACGUUUGUGAUUUUUGUUUGAAACGUUUCACUACGCAGUACAGUCUGAAAACUCACAAGACAAAGAAUGUGUGUCAGCAUAAAGUGGGCGGAACUAAACUCUCAAGUGAUCCUUGUCCAGGAUGCCAGGAAGUUUUUGAGAGUGUUCAAUUUUUGAAACGUCACAUGAAGUACUGCGUUCUCUUGUAAGAUGAACACUUUUUUUGUUGUUUCAAUGGAAAAUACUGACUGACUGAAUCGUGAAUGAUGAGGAUUGAGGAAUGAUACUAUUAGGUCAUCAUGUCAAAUAGCUUGCCUACCUCAACUCCUUUUAAAAAUUUAUUAUUGUUCAAUUUCUCCCUUUUAUACCUCAUUUUCCUUCGUAUGAUACACCCGUUUUAGAAGUGACAUCGCCCUUAACUUCCUGCAUCAACCUAGGGAUGUCGGACGAGGAUGAGAUAAACAUCGAUACCAAAGUCCAAACAAUCCAACGGUACGAGGUCCCUACCAACGACCACUCAAAAAACCCACUAAAACGCCAUGAGUCGUCCACCACUGAGAACAACAACUACUCCCCGAAGAAGAAGCGGCUCCUGGAGCACAUCAACACCGAGUACAGUAGUGGUGGUGGCGUUCUGAGUGGCGGGGAGAUCCUCAGUCCCAGUUAUAAAACAGAGAGUUACUCUCCCCAGCAGGGCCUGUUGUCUCCCAACCCUGAAGCUGAGCCACCAGAACAGACCCUACUUGGAGGAUCACGCUCUGAUCCUGACUGGGUCCACUCCCACGUCAGUGAACAUGGGGAACACAACAGAGCGAAGUCGGACGAGGGGGACCAGCUGUUGAAGGUGGAACAAGGGGGGAACAAGAGUGCCGGUGGGACUGGAUACAGUGAGGCUGCUCUCAAGAUGAUGAGAGGUAUGGGCUACGAGAAGGGGGCAGGUCUAGGAAAAGAAGGGCAAGGUAUUACAGAGCCUAUACAAGCUAGUGUUCAGAAAGGGAGCCGGGGUCUUGGUCACUACAUUGACGGUUUCCAAAGCACAACAGAAGAUUGGAAGGAACGUCCCAUCUCCACCACUGUCACAGUAGAGUGGAUGUCUAAACCCACUGUGGAACUGGACGAGAACUACUUCAAGUCUCCCCCUAUACAGCAACUCAUCGGACCAAGAAAGAACACGAUAGAGGAUGAAACUAGGUUUGUUUCGACUGAACUGCUUCUUGGAAUACAGAAAGCCAAAGCCAUAUUCGACCAAUUACCAGAAAAAGAUCUGAGAGAUUCAAGAACUAGGAGUAACCCUUUCGAGAGCAUUGCUUCUGUAAUUUUCCAGAACAGAGCGGCGAUGAAGAUGGCUGAGGUGGACGCUUUAUCAGGAUGGGCAUUUACCCAAAAGAACAAGAACUACGAGAACAUGGCCACUCCUAUUUACUUUGGGGACAUUUGUGCAGGUCCCGGCGGUUUCAGCGAGUAUAUCUUGUGGAGAACACAGUGGCAUGCUAAAGGUUUUGGUCUCACUCUGAGGAAUGCUCCAGAGGCCAGCGACUUCAAGAUGAACAAAUUCCUGGUUGGUCCUGGGGAAUGUUUCGAACCUUACUACGGAGUCGGUGGGGCUGAGGGUGAUGGUGACAUACUGAAACCUGAAAACUUGGAGGAGUUCAAAGACUACGUCAUGCAACAAACCGGUGGUCUUAAUUUCGUGAUGGGGGACGGAGGUAUAUCAGUUGCCGGACAGGAGAAUAUCCAAGAAAUAUUAACCAAACAACUACUUCUCUGUCAGUUCGCUUGUGCACUUUCCGUUCUCAGACAGGACGGUAAUUUCCUCUGCAAGACAUUUGACCUGUACACGCCCUUCUCAGUGGGCCUGGUCCACUUGCUGCGCUACGCGUUCGAGAAGGUGGCUGUUAUUAAACCUCUCACCUCACGCCCUGCAAACUCUGAAAGGUACGUUCUGUGUCUGGGCUGUAAACGAAAGGUAGCAGUUUUGUUAUACGAGUAUCUCUUCAAACUGAACAUGGAGAUUAGAAAACUCGCGGACUCAGACAGAGAUAUACAACACGUGGUGCCCCUCUCACACUAUAUAACAGACAGUGAAUUCUGUCGGUACAUGACCAGAAGUAACGACUCUAUUGGAGACAAUCAGCUCUACCAUCUGAGGAAACUGAAACAUUACGUCAGAAACCCCGGUCUCAGUGUCACUAACCAGAAUGACAUCCGUGAGAUCUGUCUGAAGAAGUGGGAGGUUCCUAAUGAAAUGAGAAAGAGGAGGUUAAGAGAACGCCCAAUGGAAACAGCUGAACGUCUUCUCAACUCAACUCUAUUUAGAGGAUUUCCAGCAGACCUCAACCAGGAUAACGUGGGUGGGUUCAGUAGUCGGUACAGUUGGAAGUGCCAUCUCAGAUACGGCAAACCUGUUCUCUUACUGGGUCAAGGGACUAAGCACGUGUUUUUCUUCAACGGAGAUCUCCACACAUGGACACGUGAUCAGCACAUGCAGAUAGAGCUCCCACGUGACACAAUCGUAGAAGCGCAGGUAGCAGAAGUGUUUUCGGGAGAGAACAGUGGCAUGAGGACCUACAACGUGGUUAUAACUGAUGGAAUAGUGAUCGGUGGACAGGAGAUAUACCACAAGCCGUACAGUGAGAGAAUAGGGUUGGUGGAGAAAAUGUGUAAAACGACUCGCAAGGAGAGCGCCACUAAGUGGCAGGAGGCGAUGUCCAUCAAGUCUCUGUUGUACAGAUUAGAACACUUCAAUCAACUGACCAGUUCCCUCAGAGUGGAGUACUUCAAGGGACACAGCACUCCCAGGUUGGCCCACUGCGUGGACGACCAGAAAUUGCUGGUCCAGGGCAUCAUAUUCGUCCGGCACAUCAAGGAGCCGUGGAACAUGGAGCUGAGCACCAAGUUGAAGAAGUUCUACUUUUUCAACUGUAAAACUAGGAGCUCGCAGUACGAGUGGCCAGCUGAUGCUGCUGCUGAUUUUGGCUACACCCGCCUUUCCUCUCUCCACUGGACCUGGGACCCCAGGAUAUGGAACCAGAUCCUCCAGGAGGCUCCAAUCACAGACAAACUUCUGGAAGCCUUCCUUGCCAGAGUUAAUCCCAACAAACUUAAAAACACGUGAUCAUCGAAAGUUUUUAAUUGUUUUUUAAUUGGCUCUGAGCCGUGAUACCUGUGUCUGACAUGAGUAGUGAUUAGAAUGAUGAGGAUUAUUCUCUUUUUGCUUUUUUAUACUAAGUUUAGGUAUUUUGGGAUGUUGAUGUCAGAAGAAUGUUAUCUAAAGUAUCGUAACGCGAAUCGCUUAAAAAUAGAAUGUUUGUAGUGUGAAGUAAACUGACAUUUUGUGGCUGAUCACUGACCACUUUACAAAUUACUGAUAUUUACGAUUAUUCGAACUAGUCAGUUUAUAUAAUAGUAAUAUUUUAUUUGUUACAGAUUCAAAGUAUUAGUGAUUUCUCAUUAGUUUACUUUUAAAUUGAUCCUUUACUGUUUUUGCAUAAUAUGGCAGAGAAUGUCCUAUCGCUUUUUAGAGUACUACUACUUUUUACUGCGUUUUUUGCAGAAUGCGCCUAAAAAACUUACAAAUCCUUCAGUUCCAUUCUUCCUAUUUCUAUCGACUUAUUUUUUAUCCAAAUUGCUAAAAAUGUAUUUGAAGCCGAUGUUAAUAAGAUAAGUUAAUUAGUUAAAUAGAUUAACUGCAAGGUAACGGUUUAUAUUCUCUGUAUAAUUUAAUUUCAGAUUUUUGACAUAAUAUAUCUAUAUGUGACAUAUUUUAUUUGAUAUUUUAUACGAUUGUACUGUACUGUUUUAACAUUUUAUUGCAACCCUUUGGUUAAACUAUACUUUACCAAAUUAUAAAAACCUUAAAUUU